AUGGAAAUAUCAACUACAACCCAUAAUCUCGUGGGGACUAACUCUGCUGACCAAGAGACUACAGGACUCAACCAAGUCCUUCUUCCCUUGUCUAUAGAUGAGACAAUUGAACAAAUUUUAGGAGAUUUUGGGUGGUCUCAAUUCAUUCAAGCCAUCCUUGUAUCAGUCCCAUCUUUAUUUGAUGCACAACAAACAUUUAUAAGCAUCUUUACUGAUGCAGAGCCAAAUUGGCAUUGCAACUUCAACACAACAUGCAACUCAAACUCCAAUAUCUGCCAACUCCCAAAAAGUGCUUGGUCUUGGGAUGAACCUUCUCACAAGACAAUCAUAUCGGAAUGGGGUCUGGAAUGUGCUAGUUCAUUCAUCACAGGACUUCCUGCUUCAUCUUUCUUCGUAGGCAGCAUAGUUGGUGGAUUAAGUCUUGCUACACUUGGCGACAUCCGUCUUGGUAGGAAGAACUUGCUUUACCUCUCAUGCCUAAUAAUGUGCUUUACCUCGCUUUUCACGGCAUUCUCGAUUAACAUUUGGAUGUACUCGACCUUGAGACUUCUAAGCGGGUUUGGCCGUGGAUCAAUUACAACAUGCACUUUUAUUUUGUUAACCGAGAGAGUGGGAAAACAGUGGCGUGGACAAAUAGGGACAAUGACAUUUGUCUUGUCUUCAUUCGGGAUAUUAUCUUUACCAGCUGCGGCCUAUUUGAACAGAGGUUCAUCAUGGAGAAUUCUUUAUCUCUGUACUUCUAUUCCAGCAAUCUCAUACUGUAUCAUUACUUACUACUUUGUGUAUGAGUCUCCUAGAUGGCUUUUCAUGGUAGGACGUGACAUAGAAGCCAAAGCAGUAUUGAGAAAACUUGCAUCUAUAGAAGGCAAUAGUUUAGACUUGGAACUAUCUAGCAUUCAUCUUGGGCAAGAAAUAUCAACAAGUUAUCCUUACAAAUUGAUGAAGGACUUAUUUAAGAGAAGAUGGGCAUUACGACGGAUAUUAGCAACUAUGGUACUUGGUUUUGGCAUUGGAUUAGUAUACUUUGGCAUGUUAUUCGGUGUAAGAAAUUUAGGUUUCAACCUCUAUUUGGGUGUCAUGUUUAAUGCCUUAUUGUUAAUACCUACAAAUUUAGUAACCUUGUUCUUUUUAGCAAGAUGGAAAAGGAAAGGUUCAUUGUUUGCCUUAUGUAUAAUAAGUGGCAUAUGUAGCAUAAUGUGUGCUGUAGUAGGCAGAAGUAGAGAAGGUAUACAGAUCGGGCUAGAACUAGCAUCUUUGUUUUGCACCUCUUUGGCAUUAAAUGUGGUGAUGAUAUUCACAAUUGAAUUGUUUCCAACUACUGUGAGGAACUCGGCCUCAACGUUGAUCAGGCAAGCAAUUGUCCUUGGUUCAGCGUUUGUUCCGAUAUUGACUUCAGGAGGGAAGAGAAAUGGAUUUUUAUCGUUUGGAACUUUUGGAUUGACAAUAUUGUUGUGUAGUUUCAUUGUGAUCAUUUUGCCAGAGACAAAGGGUAAAAAUCUUUGUAACACCAUGGAUGAACAAGAGCGUAUGAAUAAUAUAAUUGUGUAA